ACGAUUUUAAGAAGAAGAAAGAUGGUGUUAGAAGAUUCACAAGUUUACACUUUUCUAAGUGUACAAUAAACUCUGCACGGCGUAGCAGUUACCCCGUACCAGUGAGCUCCAAUUCCAAACUACACCUAGAAAUUUAUGCUCGAUUACCCUCCCACAAAAUCCUAAACCCUAGCACAAUAGCCAUGGAUCUGGAGGAUCAGGACCUUUUGUUGGAAGAUGAUGAGGUGGAACAAGACUACACCUACUUUCUUCGUCAAUAUUUGGAAGAGGAAGACCGCCUCGAAGAUGACGAUGGUGAUGGUGUUGUUCACUUAGCUGAACCAUCUUUGCACACAUAUCUCGGUGAAAUUGAAGACACUCGCCACAGAACUGCUUUCUUGGAUGGUGAUUCUGUUGUGAACCUUCCCCUGUUUCGCCUUCAAGGAGUUGUACUCUUUCCCGGGGCUACUCUUCCCCUAAGAGUUAUUGAACCUCAUAUGGUGGCUGCUGUUGAGAGAGCUUUAAGUCAGGUCGAUGUUCCUUACACCAUCGGCGUGAUUCGAAUUCACAGGGAUACUGCAAAUUGGAGGAUGAAAUCAGCUAGCAUUGGGACAACUGCAGAGAUUCGACAAUAUGGACGUCUACAGGAUGGUUCGUUGAAUGUGGUGACUCGCGGACAACAACGAUUUCGCCUAAGAAGGUGUUGGAAUGAUGCAGAUGGAGUGCCUUAUGGAGAGAUUGAAAUUAUUGAGGAAGGUCUACCAUUGAAAACACCAAGGGAUGUGUUUGGGGAAUUAGGAUCAUCAUCGGCCAGGAGCAGUGGUGAUAAAGUCACAGGGAAGUCAUAUCAGGAAAUUAGAUCAAAUCUAAAUGAAGCUGAAGCAAAGGAUUCAAGAAUCGCUAGCUGUUCAACUUCCGGAAAUCAGUCAGGCAUAGGAGAAGAGCUUAAUGACUCUUUUGAAAAUAGAUAUGCCUACCCAUCAAAUAAAAUAUCAACGGCAUUCUGGCCUCACUGGGUAUAUCGUAUGUUUGACUCCCAUUCGCUUGCACAAAGGGCUGCAGAUAUGUGGAGGAAGAUAAUUGGGGUGCCUAGCAUGGAUAAUCUCGUUAAGAAGCCUGAUAUUUUAUCAUUUUAUAUUGCUAGUAAAAUACCUGUGUCUGAAUCUACAAGGCAGGAGCUUUUGGACAUCAAUGGCAUUGCAUAUAGAUUGCGCAAGGAAAUUGAAUUACUAGAGAGUAUUGAUAUUAUCCGAUGUAAAAGCUGCCAGACUAUAAUUGCAAAACGAAGUGAUAUGUUGGUGAUGUCAAGUGAGGGCCCUGUUGGUGCUUAUGUGAACCCAGGUGGUUAUGUACAUGAAAUAAUGACUCUUCACAAGGCAAAUGGCUUAGACCUCGUCGGGCCACCGGCUACAGAAUAUAGUUGGUUUCCUGGGUAUGCAUGGACGAUCACUCGUUGUGCCUCAUGCAGAACUCAAAUGGGGUGGCUUUUUACAGCCACCACCAAGAAACUGAAACCUAGGUCGUUUUGGGGGAUACGAAGUUGUCAAGUUGCAUAAGAAAUGGGCCAAAACCUUCAAUCUUGUUUAUGCAAUAUGGCCAUACAGUUUAUAAGUUUGAUAUAUGUAUAUGACAGCACUUAUGGUGAGUGUGUGUAUCUUAUGCCAUGUUUAUCUAGAAUUCUAGUUUUAGUUA